AGUUAAACACACAUGCAGCCCUGGUCAGCCUAUGCAAGAUCUUCUCGGAAGAAGCAGUUCAUUUCCCUUGCUGAGCUGGGUUGCAAUUGAGGAAACAGUUGCAGCAUCUUGCAGUCAAUGCUCUGGCUGCAUCAGUCUAAGGCAGAAGAGGGAGCAAUCGCCCUGAUCAGAUUUGAGCACAUUUUCACUCAAAGCAAGACAAAUUAAGGCAAGUAUUCACCAUGGCUGAGGACCAUCUGGAAGUGGUCACUGACUAUCCCUAUGAAGAGCUGGCCAUAAUGUGUGAGAAAACAGACAUCCAGGCAUUUGGCAAAGUCUUUCUUCCCAUACUGUAUGCCCUUGUGUUCACCGUAGGGCUGGUCGGAAACGGCCUGGUGGUUUUGACCAUUGUGCAAGGUGGGCGUCAAAAGAGCGUCACUGACAUAUUUCUCUUGAACUUGGCCAUUUGCGAUCUCCUUUUUGUCAUUUCUCUUCCCUUUUGGGCUUCUUACCUCAUAAAAGGUUGGACACUCGGGAACCUUUCCUGUCAGAUAGUUUCCUCUUUCUAUUCCGUGGGCUUGUACGGAGGGAUGUUUUUCAUCACUGUCAUAAGCAUUGAUCGGUACUUUGCUAUCGUCCGGGCAACGUGCAUCAUGAAAGCCAGAACAAUCCGACAUGGAUCUCUCACUAGCCUUGCAGUCUGGACCCUGGCCAUUUUGUUUGCAGCUCCCCAUUUUGUGUUCAUCCGAAAGAUAGGUACAGAAUGCACUUCUCUGUAUCCAGAACACCUUGAGGAAAUCUGGCCCAUUUUCACUUACAUAGAAUAUAACGUCAUUGGUUUCCUUCUCCCGCUGUGCAUCAUGAGUUUCUGCUACCUGAUGAUCGUCAAAACCUUGAUGUCCUGCAAAAAUCACCGGAAAAGGAGAGCCAUGAAGCUGAUUUUAUUAGUGGUUGUUGUGUUCUUCCUAUUCUGGACUCCAUACCACAUAUCACUUUUUCUGCAGAUAUUGAGGCUCUCCGACUUCUUUCAGCACUGCAGCUCAAGGAGGCUUUUAGAUUACACCAUGCAAAUCACCGAAUCGCUGGCUUUCAGCCACUGCUGCCUUAAUCCCAUCAUCUAUGCUUUUGCCGGUGAAAAAUUCAGAAAGAAGCUUUCUCGCUUGGCUCUCAAAUGUGUCUCGUUCUUUUUUUUCUGUGCGCCUUGCGCUAGAGCUCCCAUUCCCGUUCCAGAGGUCACCAUAACCAGCAACCAUACGCAGAACACCAGUGACCAAGAUGGUUCCAUCCUUCUGUGAUUGCUCCCUAGAGGAUAGCCCUGAAGAAUAUUUUGUAUACUGAAUGCUAGCCUACAAUUUGACCUGGAUGCGAGUGAACGAAUAGGGUUGGGUCCAAAGAUCCACCCAUGGGGAAAACGUCAUGGGCUUCCCCUGCGAAGGGAGCAAAAAGUACCUGUGUCCAAUUUUCUGCUCUCUCCCCAUUCUGCUCCUUGCCAGAGGCUCUGGA